AUGGCUUCCAUCGCAACAGACGCCAUAGACUUCACGCUCGUGGCUGAGGCUCAACGAUCGGAUGUCGAACUCCCCAAUACCGCCACGAGGACUCUUCUUUACGCCUUCAAGAUGUCCCCCUUCCAACUGGCACUGGCACCAUCACAUGUGAUCUUUCUACCGGACAUGAACGUCGUUUUGUCCCUGCAACUUUACGACGACAAGUGUUCAACGCCCUUCACAAUCUAUCCCACCCUGGAGUCCGGGCGACAGUGA